AUGAAGAUUAUCAAACAGACUGUCCAGAUCAGCAAAUGCUAUCAAAUCCUGAGUGGUACCUCACCAUCUCAACCUUUUCUGAUUGAACACUCCUGUUUAAUGACACCCGGAAAUGAGUGGGAUAUGGAGGUCAAAUGUCGCCCCAUAUCGCAUGGAGCCCAAGGUGUGUCCAAUCAGAGAAACAACUGGAGAAGUCUGAUGAUGGUUUACCCCGAAGCUAAAGUGCAACUAAAACACAAUGACAUUGAAGUCACACUGCCAUCUCUGCAGGAAGACGUCGAGAUCGCUGCGUUUGGAAGACCAGGAAAAGAUGACAAGAAAAGAAUGCAAAUGGCGAUCUUUGCUAAACGACCAAGACAAGGAAGAGACUGGAAGAUUUGGGUUUAUCUUGUAGAUGAUACAAGUCCAGCCUGUGAGGUAUAGGGUACUAAUAUGAUUGUUUAUUUUGUUUUGUUUGUUUGUUUGUUUAAAAUGUUACCACCAUAGUUUCCUUACCACGAUUUUAUUUCAUUUUAAUUUUAAAAUCAUUUUUUCGGUCAUGACUUUAUUACCUUACCAUUGAUCAACCCCCUAUCUCCCCCUCCCCUCCUGCUCCGCUCUAGACAUUAGCCUCUCUUGAGGACGGCGUAGGCGCUAGAGAGCUUUAUUACCACCAACCCUUGAAAUGCAAAACAAUAAUGCUAAAAGCACAAUUUAUUAACACUGACACUGAUACGAAAACUGAUUUCUACAUGUUAUUUCUCUUCUUGUAUAACCAGAAAAUGUUUCAGGAUGAAGACGAAAAAGGAAACAAACUACUGACACCACUUGCUGGAAUAUUUGUGUCUAAAAGCAAUGAAGACAUCAAAAUUGAACUCAGUAAACUGGAGCCUGGAUGGAAAAUCAGAGGAAGCAAUGUAAAGGUAUGAAUAGGGAACUUGGUUGUUAACAGUCUGGCCUCCUUAAUGAUAUAAUAUUGAUUAAAAUCCACCCUACGUUUUAUACGCCACAGGUUUGGAUUAGUUUAGGGCUGUCAGUCUCUAGAGCGAGAGAACUCGGGUCCGAUUCUCAAGACAAUACCACUACUUAGGGUUUCUUUGUUGUUGCUGUUGUUGUUUGUUUUUCGAAAGAGGAUGCUGCCCUUUCCAAGGCAAUAAUUUCGUGUAGUUUCGAUUUCCACUUACAAAAAGCAAAAAGCCAGUGCCUUAAGUUGUAUGUAGCUUUUUGGUAGUAUAUAGAUCAACACUUAACCAAAGCGAGAAUUUUAUCAGUGAGAAGAAUCCUUUACUAGGCUGUGGAGGUCUGGGUUCUAAAGUAAUAAAAACUGGGCUUGGCUCAGACCACUCCCUAAUCAACUUGUUGCUUAUAUUUAAGUAAUUAAUCAAUAAACUGAUCACACUAAGUCAUCCUUUGUUUUUAAGUUUUCGUUGUUGUUGUUUUUGUUUUUGUUUCGUUUUUAAUGAUUUGCUUUUUAAUUUUCUUUUAGACAAUAAAAUCAACUCAUGCAUGGAAUUCAUCAGGAAACGCCGUAGAUUUUCCACGUUGCUAUUUCGAAAUAAGUCACGUGAAUAGUGCCAAGCAUUCAUUCUUCUGUGGAAUAGAAACUUCUCACGAAGGAGACAGUGCACAAGCAGAAGUUGUGGCGUAUUUUGAACGAGUAAGUGUUGACGGAAUAAAAUACAGUGGUAUUACAUUAUUAAUCUUUCUUUUGUUGCUCUUGGAAAAAGAAAAAUACUAAUUUAUGAUCAUAUUUUAGUCUCCUUAAUUGCUGGAUUUUUCAUCUUUAUUUCGUAGGAAAGUGGUCAGAAAAUCGUCCAACCCUCUAACAAUUCUCGCAAACUGAGUAAUACGUGCAACUUUGUUUCAAAAGGUAAGCUUCAAUUAGACUGUACAAAAAGCAAAAAUAAAAGCAAAAUAUAUGGUCACUUUGAAGCACGAUGCAACUCACAGACCAAUAGCAACACAAAGGCCUCUGCAAAUACGUAGCUCGUUUAACCUGUAUAAUAAAUUUUCAUAUUGUAUUUCUGGGCUUUUUACAUUUUUUUUUUUUUUUAAUAUCACCUUUCUUUUUUUUUUCUCACAGAGUCUAACACCAGGUUUCCAUUACUUGAAGUUUUCUUUCUGCUUUGUGCACUUUUUGCUUCGGACUUCAACAUCACACAUAUUACUGGUAAGCUUGCUUUAUAAAUUUCAGUAAAUAAACGAUGCCAUAAGCGUGUACAUUGGCUAUUUCGGAGUUGCCUAAGGAACUGGGGUGAGUUUCAAAUUCAAACUAAUCGCUAAACUGAUACCACCAUAUAAAAGGUCAUGUUAAGAUUGGUGUUUUGAACAAGUUUGGUGCUCUAAGGUUAAACAGGGAUCAAGUUAUGACUCUUGAAACAUGGUUAAAGAUCGAUUCUGUGAUAUACCUAAAAACGGGCAAACAUAGUGAUUUUCGAAUUAGUUCCUUCCACGUAGUAGAUGCAUGACAAAUUUUACAGUUUAAAAGAAAAGCUGAAAAAUUUUAAAGAGUUUAUAUCGUUUGGGGGGAUCUUUAACCACAUUUCAAGAGUCAUAACGUGAUCCCUGUUCAAUUUUAGAGCACCAAACUUGGUCAAAUAACCAAUCUCAACAUGGCCAUUUAUGUGGUGGUGUCGGUUUAUCGAAUAGUUUAAAUUUGAAACUCGCCCCAGUUCCCUACGCAACUCCGAAAUGGCUAAUAGGAAUCCCAUUAAAGGGCCAAGUAGCAAAGGAUACCAUUGUAUAAAUCAAAUGUGGGAACGAUACGUUUGCUGAAAUUGUUUGCAGGUUUUUGGAAAGAUUAUGACUGUAGUGUAACUAAACCUUUCAAAAACUUGAAAAUCGUUUACAUGAUUAAAAUAGAAAAGAAUCAAAUCUAUCUAACUGCAAAUACGUUUCCUCUCAAUUCACUUACAGGCAAGCCCUAUAAUCUCACAAUUUUUGUUUUCAAUUUCAGCAGGAUCAAAUUCAACUUAUCAGCAAUUUACGACAAAGAACGAUUUUAAAGAUUUUACCAAUAUCAAGCCACCUGACAACUUCCCUUCCAUUGGAAUGCCUUAUUCCGGGGAGCUGGUAAAGCGCGGGCAAGCAGGAUCCGCCAGCUGUGGUUCAACUGUCCCCCAAGACCCCGCUCACUGUGCAACUGCAAGAAACCCGAACACCUCGGAACGAGGCUUUGAUCUUUCUGUAUUAGAUCAAAGAGUGAAAUCUACCGUGGUUGCAGUAGUCCGUUGUCAAAAUAUCUGGGGUGAGUAAAUUCACCAAGACGCGUUGCAGUUUUGUAUCCACGUCAAAUUGAAAAUACAAUUAAUCUAUCGUGCAUGAAAGUCGUUUCUCGCCCUUCCCUCAAACCAAGACAAAAGAUUGUGAUUUGCAAGGUUUUACCCUUUCGAAACCGGGAAAAAGCCCUUUCUCUAGAAACUUCGUCUGUGUCACGACUUCCCCUAAAACACAGUGACGCUGUUAAUAAUUACAAGUCCCUCAAGAAUCAGUAGUGUUUUAAUCAGAAGUAGUUAUGCAAUAAUCUUAUAUAUAUAAGAGUGCAAGCAAAGCAUGAAACAGCCAAUAUAAAAGCAGAAUCAUUUACAAAACUCUAACGGUACUAAUAAACAUUGCUGCUACAAGGUGAUGUCACUCCACGGAGUUACAAAAAAAAACGAACUAAAUGCGUAGCUAUGAAUUUGAAAUAAAAUAUUUGCAAGUAUUCCAUGUUAAUGCUGAAAGAACUACGUUUUAAGACUGAUCAGGAAAAAAGUUUACAGAGGCUGAAGAAAAGACAGACGAAAGACAUUAAUCUAACGGCUUUUGUGAGCAUUUUGAUCUAUAUUUUAUUUUAUCUACAUCAUUUUUUUUAUUAUAUUGUCUUUUAACUCUGUGUGAUUAUUCGCAUACUAUACUUUUGUUAUCUUUUUCAAACUCGCACCAUGUGACAACAGGCUAGGGCGCCAAAACUUAAGCGAAAAAAUUAAACUAAAUACAUCAAUCUAUUUUCUUUUUUUUUUUUCUUUCGAGAAGAGUAGGGCGUUAUACGUUCAUGAAAGAGAGAAAACCUUCCUCAGGCGAUAAUAAAUAAAUAUUUGAAUAUUUUUUUAAUAAUUCCCCUUGCUCAGUUGAGUAUUUUCUUUAAAACAACUUCUUCAAUUCUGAGCUAUUUGUCAUUAUCUGUUGUUUUAAGCAGGACUAGAAAAAGAUGAAGAUUAUAAAACAAAGGUCCAGAUAAGCGGCUGCCAUAAAAUCAACAGUGGUACCUCACCAUCUCAACUUUUUCUGAUUGAACACUGCUGUUUGAUGACACCCAGAAAUAAGUGGGAUAUGGAGGUAAAAUGUAGCCCCAUGUCGCAUGGGGCCCAAGAUGCUUUUAAUCAGAGAUACAACUGGGGAAGCCUAAUGGUGGUUUACCCUGAAGCUAAAGUGCAAUUAAAACACAAUGACAUUGAAGUCACUCUGCCAUCGCUGCAGGAGGACGUCGAGAUCGCUGCGUUCGGAAGACCAGGAAAAGAUGACAAGAAAAGAAUGCAAAUGGCGAUCUUUGCUAAACAACCAAAACAAGGAAGAGACUGGCAGAUUUGGGUUUAUCUUGUAGAUGAAACAAGCCCAGCUUGUGGGGUAUAGGGUGCUAUUAUGAUUGCUUAUUUUUUUAUUGUUUUGUUUGUUGUUUGUUUAAAAAGGUAUCAUCAUCGUUUCUUUACCCUAUGAUCAUGAUUUUAUUGCCUUAGCGAACCAGCCAGCCAUUGAUCAACCUCCCGCCCUACCCCCUCCCUCCCCGCUCUAAACAUAACCGUCUCUUAAAGACGGCGAAGGCACUAGAGAACUUUAUUACAACCAAAAUGAUAAUGCCAAGAGCACAAUUUAUUAAUUUAAGUUGUUAAUAUACAUUGAUAGGAAAACUGAUUUCUACAUGUUAUUUAAACAGAAAAUGUUUCAGGAUGAAGACGAAAGAGGAAACAGACUACUGACACCACUUGCUGGAAUAUUUGUGUCUAAAAGCAAUAAAGACAUCACAACUGAACUCAGUAAACUGGAGCCUGGAUGGAAAAUCAAAGGAAGCAAUGUAAAGGUGCGAAUAGGGAACUUGGUUGAUAACAGCCUGCCCCCUUUAAUAGUAAUGAUUAAAAUACACGCGGCGUGUCUAUCCGCGACAGGUUUGGCCAUGGAUAAGUUGGUAGGACUGUCAGAGUCUCUAGAGCGAGAGAACUCGAGCCCGAUUCUCAAGACAAUACCACUACUUAGGGUUUCUUUCAGUGUUGCUGUUGUUGCUUGUUUUUCGAAAGAGGAUGCUGCCCUUUCCAAGACGAGGCUCUCGUUUAGUGUGAAUGUUCCAAGUUACAUGUAGCUGUUUGGUGAGAUAUAGAUCAACACUUAACCAAAGCGACAAUCUCAUCAGUGAAAAGAAUCCCUACCUUUCUACCGUCUAAACUUCCACAAGCCUCUACUACGCUAUAGAGGUCUGGGAUCUAAAGUAAUAAAAACUGGGCUUGGCUCUGACCACUACCUAUUCGUCAGGUUGCCUAUAUUUAAGUACAUAAUAAAUAAAGUAAUCAAGUUCAGUUAAUCUUUGUUUUUCUGUUUCUGUUUUUGUUUUUGCUUUUGUUUGUUUUUGUUUCUGUUUUUGCUUUUAAUGAUUAAUCCAAUUCUCUUUUUAGACAAUCAAAUCAACUCAUGCGUGGAAUUUAUCAGGAAACUCCGUAGAUUUCCCACCAUGCUAUUUCGAAAUAAGUCACGUGAAUAGUACCAAGAAUUCAUUCUUGUGUGAAGUAGAAGCUUCUUACGAAGGAGACAGCGGACACGCAGAAGUUGUGGCUUAUUUUGAUCGAGUGAGUAUUAUUAACAGAAAAAAAUACCGUAUGUGUUGUAUUAUAUCAGUAAUACAUUAUUAAUCUUUCUUCUGUUGCUCUUCGCAGAAGAAAAAUAUUAAUUUAUGAUCAUAUUUUAGUCUCCUUAAUUGCUGGAUUUUUUCGUAUUUAUUUUGUAGGAAAGUGGUCAGAAAAUCAUCCAGCCCUCUAACAAUUCUCGCAAACUGAGUAAUACGUGGAACUUUGUUUCAAAAGGUAAGCUUCAAUUAGACUGUACAAAAAACAAAAAUAAAUAAAUAACACGUAUGGUCACUUCAUUGAUGUACGAUGCAACUCAGAGACCAGUAGCAAAACAUACGUCUCUUCAAAAUAAAUAGCUCGUUUAACCAGUGUAUAAUUUUUUCAUAUUGUAUUUCUAGGCUUUAUAGGUUUUCUAUUUUUUUAAUAUUACCUCUCAAUUUUUCUUUAUUUCUUUCUUUCUUUUUUUUUCUCUUAGAGACUAACACCAGGUUUCCAUUGCAUGACGUUUUCUCUCUGCUUACUGUACUUUUUGCCGCGGACUUCAACAUCACACAUGUUUCAGGUAGGGUUGCUUAAUAAAUUUCAGUAAAUGAACGAUGCCCUAAACGUGUACAUAGGAAUCCCAUUAAAGGGCCAAGUAGUAAAGGAUACCAUUGUAUAAAUCAAAUGUGUGAACGAUACGUUUGCUGACAUUGUUUGCAUGUUUUUGGAAAGAUUUUGACAGUGCUGUGAGUAAACCGUUCAAAAACUUGACAAUCGUUGACAUGCGUAAAAUAAAUAAGUAUCAAAUCUAUAUAAAUGCAAAGACGCUUUCUUUCAAUUCACGGCUUACAGGCAAGCACUAUAAUCUCACAAAUUUUGUUUUAAAUUUUAACAGGAUCAAAUUCAACUUAUCAGCAAUUUAUAACAGAGAAGGAUUUUGAAGAUUUUACCAAUAUCAAGCCGCCUGACAACUUCCCCGCCAUUGGAAUGCCUCGUUCCGGGGCGCUGGUAAAGCGCGAGCAAGCAAAAUUCGCCAGCUGCGGUUCAACUGUCCCACAAGACCAAGGGCACUGUGCAACUGCAAGAAAGACGAACGCCUCGGAACAAGGCUUUGAUCUUUCUGUAUUAGAGCAAAGAGUCAAAUGUACCGUGGUUGCAGUAGUCCGUUGUCAAAAUAUCUCGGGUGAGUAAACUCACCAAGACGUGUUGCAGUUUUUUAUCCUGGUCAAAUUGAAAAUACAAUUAAUCUAUCCCGUAUGAAACGUCUCUCGCCCUUCCCUCAAAUCAAGACAAAAGAUUGUGAUUUGCAAGGUUUCACCAUUUCGAAACUGGAAAAAACCCUUUCUGUAGAAACUUUGUCUUUGUCAGGGCUUCCCCUGAAACACAAUAACUUCAAAGUCCCUCAAAAUACAGAAGGCCUUUAAUCAGAAGUAGUUAUGUAAUAACCUUGUAUAGGUAGCCAAUAAGAGCACAAGCAAAGCCUGAAACAGCCAAAAUAAAAGCAGAAUCAUCUAGAAAAUUAUAUGCAGUACUAAUAAACAUUGCCGCUACAAGGUGAUGUCACUCCACGGAAUUACAAAAAGAAAAAAAAAAGAACUAAAUGCGUAAGUAUGAAUCUGAAAUAAAAUCAGACCUACAAGUAUUUCCAAGUAUUUUUAAUGCUGAAAGAAUUAUGUUCCAAGACUGAUCAGAUGGCAAAAGGUUUACAAAGAAGUCAAGAUCUAAGACCUUUGUGAGCAUUUAUUUUAUAUUUCAUUUUAUCUACAUUGUUUUUUUCUUUUCGCUUUUCAUUUAAUAUUUUACCUCUGUGUGAUUAUACGUAUAUUAUACUAGUCUUUUUUAUCUUUUCCGGACUAGCACGUUGUGACAACAAGCUAAGACGCCAAAAUUUAAGCGUAAAAAAUAAAAUAAAUAGGUAAAUCGAUUUUUUUUCUUUUGAGAAGGGUAGCGCGUUAUAAGGUCAUGCAAAAAAAAUAAUAAUAAUAAAAAACGUUUCUUGAGGUGCAAGAUAUAAAUAUUUGAUUAUUUUUUUUUUUUUAAUAAUUUCCCUCGCUCAGUUGAUUAUUUCAAGUAAAACGACUUUUUAAUUCUGAGAUAUUUGUGAUUAUCUAUUGUUUAAACAGGACUAGAAAAAGAUGAAGAUUAUAAAACAGACGUCCAGAUCAGCAGCUGCUAUAAAAUCCUGAGUGGUACCUCACCAUCUCAUCCUAUUCUGAUUGAACACUCCUUUUUGAUGACACCUGGAAAUGAGUCGAAUAUGGAGAUAAAAUGUCGCCCCAUAUCGCAUGGAGCUCAAGGUGUGUCCAAUCAGAGAAGCAACUGGAGAAGCCUGAUGGUGGUCUACACCGAAGCUGAAGUGCAAUUAAAAAACAAUGGCAUUGAAGUCACACUUCCUUCUCUGGAGGAGGACGUCGAGAUCGCUGCGUUUGGAAGACCAGGAAAAGAUGACAAGAAAAGAAUGCAAAUGGCGAUCUUUGCUAAACAACUAAAACAAGGAAGAGACUGGCAGAUUUGGGUUUAUCUUGUAGAUGAUACAAGUCCAGCCUGUGAGGUAUAGGGUGCUAUUAUGAUUGCGGACUUUUUUCAUUGUUUGUUUGUUGUUUGUUUAAAAAGUUACCAUCAUCAUUUCUUUACCCUAUGAUCAUGAUUUUAUUGCCUUAGCGAGCCAGCCAGCCAUUGAUCAACCUCCCGUUCAACACCCUUCCUUCCCGCUCUAAACAUAACCGUCUCUUGAAGACGGCGAAGGCACUAGAGAGCUUUAUUACAACCAACCCUUGUAAUGUAAAAUGAUAAUGCCAACAGCACAAUUUAUUAAUUUAAGUUGUUAACAUACACUGAUAGGAAAACUGAUUUCUACAUGUUAUUUAAACAGAAGAUGUUUCUGGAUGAAGACGAAAGAGGAAAUAAACUACUGACACCACUUGCUGGAAUAUUUGUGUCUAAAAGUAAUAAAGACAUCACAAUUGAACUCAGUAAACUGGAGCCUGGAUGGAAAAUCAAAGGAAGCAAUGUAAAGGUGCGAACAGGGAACUUAGUUGUUAACAGCCUGCCCCCUUUAAUAGUAAUGAUUAAAAUACACGCGGCGUGUCUAUCCGCGAAAGGUUUGGCCAUGGAUAAGUUGGUAGGACUGUCAGAGUCUCUAGAGCGAGAGAACUCGAGCCCGAUUCUCAAGACAAUACCACUAUUUAGGGUUUCUUUGUUGUUGCUGUUGUUGUUUGUUUUUCGAAAGAGGAUGCUGCCCUUUCCAAGACGAGGCUCUCGUGUAGUGUGGAUGUCCACAUACAAAAAAGCGAAAAACCCAGUGUUCCAGGUUACAUGUAGCUGUUUGGUGAGAUGUAGAUCAACACUUAACCAAAGCGACAAUCUCAUCAGUGAAGAGAAUCCCUACCUGUCUACCGUCUAAACUUCCUCAAGCCUCUACUACGCUAUAGAGGUCUGGGAUCUAAAGUAAUAAAAACUGGGCUUGGCUCUGACCACUACCUAUCCGUCAUGUUGCUUAUAUUUAAGUGAUUAAUCAAUUAAGUGAUAAAGCUAAGUUAAGCUUUGUAUUUUUGUUUAGCUUUUGUUGUUGUUGCUGAUUUUCGUUUUCUUUUUAUGAUUUGCACUACUAUUUUCUUUUUAGACAAUCAAAUCAACACAUGCAUGGAAUUCAUCAGGAAACUCCGUAGAUUUCCCACGUUGCUAUUUCGAAAUAAGUCACGUGAAUAGUACCAAGAAUUCAUUCUUCUGUGAAAUAGAAGCUUCUCACGAAGGAGACAGCGCACACGCAGAAGUUGUGGCUUAUUUUGAGCAAGUGAGUGUUAACAGAAAAAAAAAAUACCAUGGUAUUGCACUAUUAAUCCUUCUUCUGUUGCUCUUCGCAGAAGAAAAAUACUAAUUUAUGGUCAUAUUUAAGUGUCCUUUCUUACUGGACUUUUUUUGUCUUUAUUUUGUAGGAAAGUGGUCAGAGAAUUGUCCAACCUUCUAACAAUCCUCGCAAACUAAGUGAUACGUGGAACUUUGUUUCAAAAGGUAAGCUUCGAUUAGACUGUACAAAAAACAAAAAUAAAUAAAUAACACGUAUGGUCACUUUGAAGUACCCUCUGAAAAAUACAUAGCUCGUUUAACCUGUAUAAUGAAUUUUCUAAUUGUAUUUCUAGGCUUUAUCCAUUUUUUUUUUAAUAUUACCUCUCAAUUUUUCUUUGUUUCUUUCUUUCUUUCUUUCUUUCUUUCCUUCUUUCCUCUUCUUUUUCUUUUUUUUUCUCAGAGACUAACACCACGUUUCCAUUGCAUGAAGUUUUCUCUCUGCUUAAUGCACUUUUUGCCACGGACUUCAACACCACACAUGUUGCAGGUAAGGUUGCUUUAUAAAUUUCAGUAAAUGCCAUAAACGUGUAUUUAGGAAUCCCAUUAAAGGGCCACGUAGUAAAGGAAAACUUUCUAUAUAUCAAAUGUGGGAACACUGCGUUUUCUGACACUGUUUGCAUGUGUUUGGAAAGAUAAUGACAGGCGUGUAAGUAAACCUUCCAAAAACUCAAAAAAAAAUCCAAGCGUAAGGUAAAUAAGCAUCAAACCUAUACAACUGCAGAGACGUUUCCUUUCAAUUCACUUACAAGCAAGCCUUAUAAUCUCACAAUUUUUGUUUUAACUUUUAACAGGAUCAAAUUCAACUUAUCAGCAAUUUACGACAGAGAAGGAUUUUGAAGAUUUUACCAAUAUCAAGGCGCCUGACAACUUCCCCGCCAUUGGAAUGCCUCGUUCCGGGGCGCUGGUAAAGCUCGGGCAAGCAGGAUUCGCCAGCUGCAGUUCAACUGUCCCACAAGACCAAGCGCACUGUGCAACUGCAAGAAAGACGAACGCCUCGGAAAUAGGCUUUGAUCUUUCUGUAUUAGAGCAAAGAGUCAAAUCUACCGUGGUUGCAGUAGUCCGUUGUCAAAAUAUCAGGGGUGAGUAAAUUCACCAAGACAUGUUGCAGUUUUGUAUCCUGGUCAAAUUGAAAAUAAAAGUAAUAGAUCCUGUAUGAAACGCCUCUCGCCCUUCCCUCAAAUCGAGACAAAAGAUUGUGAUUUGCAAGGUUUCACCAUUUCGAAACUGGGAAAAAAACUCUUUCUGUAGAAACUUUGUCUGUGUCAGGGCUUCCCCUAAAACACGAUAACUUCAAUGUCCCUCAAAAUACAGAAGUGCUGUAAUCAGAAGUAGUUAUGUAAUAACCUUGCAUAGGUAGCCCAUAAGAGUGCAAGGAAAGCCUGAAACAGCCAAAAUAAAAGCAGAAUCAAAAAGCGAAAAUUAUAUGCAGUACUAAUAAACAUUGCCGCUACAAGGUGAUGUCACUCCACGGAAUUAAAAAAAAAAAAGAACUAAAUGCGUAAGUAUGAAUCUGAAAUAAAAUCAGACCUACAAGUAUUUCCAUGUUAAUGCUGAAAGAAUUAUGUUCCAAGUCUGGUCAGCUGGCAAAAGGUUUACAAAGGAGUCAAGAUCUAACGAUCUUUGUGAGCAUUUAUUUUAUAUUUCAUUUUAUCUACAUUUUUCUUUCGCUUUUCAUCUAAUAUUUUACCUCUGUGUGAUUAUACGUAUAUUAUACUAGUCUUUUGUUGUCUUUUCCGGACUAGCACGUUGAGACAACAAGCUAAGACCCCAAAAUUUAGGCGUAAAAAAUAAAAUAAAUACGUAAAUCGAUUUUUUUUUUCUUUUGAGAAGAGUAGCGCGUUGAAAGGUCAUGCAAAAAAAGAAAACGUUUCUAGGGGUACAAGAUAUAAAUAUUUGAUUAUUUUUUUUUUUUAUAACUUCCCUCGCUCAGUUGAUUAUUUCAAAUAAAACGAAUUUUUAAUUCUGAGAUAUUUGUGAUUAUCUGUUCUUUAAACAGGACUAGAAAAAGAUGAAGAUUAUAAAACAGAAGUCCAGAUCAGCGGCUGCUAUAAAAUCCUGAGUGGUACCUCACAAUCUAAUCCUAUUCUGAUUGAACACUCUUGUGUAAUGACACCCGGAAAUGAGUGGGAUAUGGAGAUAAAAUGUCGCCCCAUAUUGCAUGGACCCCAAGGUGUGUCCAAUCAGAGAAGCAACUGGAGAAGCCUGAUGGUGGUCUACCCCGAAGCUGAAGUGCAAUCAAAACACAAUGACAUUGAAGUCACACUGCCAUCUCUGCAGGAGGACGUCGAGAUCGCUACGUUCGGAAGAUCAGGAAAAGAUGCCAAGAAAAGAAUGCAAAUGGCGAUCUUUGCUAAACAACCAAAACAAGGAAGAGACUGGAAGAUUUGGGUUUAUCUUGUAGAUGAUACAAGUCCAGCCUGCGAGGUAUAGGGUGCUAUUAUGAUUGUUUAUUUUGUUUUGUUUGUUUGUUUGUUUGUUUAAAAUGUUGCCGACAUUAAUUCUUUACCAUGAUUUUAUUUUGUUUUUAUUAUUUUUAUUUUUAUUUUAUUGUUUUAUUAUUAUUAUUACCAUUUUUUUAAUCAUGAUUUUAUUGCCUUAGCAAGCCAGCCACCAUUAAUCACCCCCACCCCCGCUCUAGAUAUUAGCCUCUCUUCAGGAAAGCAAACUGCGCUAGAAAGCUUUAUUACCACCAACCCUUGAAAUGCAAAACGAUAAUGUCCAAUUAAAAGCACAAUUUCUUAAUUUAAGUUUUUUCCACACACUGAUACGAAAACUGAUUUCUACAUGUUAUUUCUCUUUCUCGUGUAAACAGAAAAUGUUUCAGGAUGAAGACAAAAGAGGAAACAAACUACUGACACCACUUGCUGGGAUAUUUGUGUCUAAAAGCAAUAAAGACAUCAAAAUUGAACUCAGUAACCUGGAACCUGGAUGGAAAAUCAGAGGAAGCAAUGUAAAGGUGCGAAUAGGGAACCUAGCUGUUAACAGUUAGGCCUCCUUAAUGAUAUAGUAUUGAUUAAAAUCCACCUGGCGUUUUAUCCGCGACAGAUUUGGAUAAGUUGGUAGGGCUGUCAGAGUCUCUAGAGCGAGAGAAUUCGGGCCCGAUUCUUAAGACAAUACCACUACUUAGGGUUUCUUUGUUGUUGAUGUUGUUGUUUGUUUGUCGAAAAAGGAUGCUGCCCUUUCCAAGGCGAGGAUUCGGUGUAGUUUGGAUGUCACAUACAAAAAUAACGAAAGACCCAGUGCCCCAAGUUACACGUAGCUGUUUGGUGAUGAUAUAGAUCAACACUUAAUCAAAGCGAGAAUUUCAUCAGUGAAAAAAAUCGGCCCUUCCUCUCGAAGCUAUGGAGGUCUGAGUUCUAAAGUAAUGGAAACUUGGCUUGGCUCUGACCACUACCUAUUCCUCAUGUUGCUUAUAUUUUAGUGAUUAAUCAAUAAUUAAAAAAACAAAAGAUUAACUUAGCUUGAUCACUUUAAUUGCUUUUGUUUUUGUUUGUUUUUAAUGAUUUGCAUUUCAAUUUUCUUUUUAGACAAUCAAAUCAACUCACGCAUGGAAUUCGUUAGGAAACUCUGUAGAUUUUCCACGCUGCUAUUUCGAAAUAAGUCAGGUGAAUAGUACCAAGCAUUCAUUCUUCUGUGGAAUAGAUGCUUCUCACGAAGGAGACAUCGCACAGGCAGAAGUUGUGGCGUAUUUUGAACGAGUAAGUGUUGACAAAAAAAAAUACUGCUGUAUCACAUUAUUAAUCUCUCUUAAUUUAUGAUCAUAUUCUUCAUAUAUAUUUAUUUUUUAGGAAAGUGGUCAGAAAAUCGUCGAACCCUCUAACAAUUCUCGCAAACUGAGUAAUACGUGCAACUUUGUUUCAAAAGGUAAGCUUCGAUUAGACCAAAAAAUUGUAUCAUCACUUUGAAGUACGAUGCAACUCAGAGACCAGUAGCAAAACGAAGGCCUCUGCUUAAUGCAUAGCUCCUUUAACCUGCAUAAUGAAUUUCUUUCUUUCUUUCUUUCUUUUUUUUUCUUACAGAAACUAACACCAGGUUUCCAUUGCAUGAAGUUUUCUUUCUGCUUUGUGCACUUUUUGCUUCGGGCUUCAAUACCACACACCUUACAGGUAAGCUUGCUUUAUAAAUUUCAGUAUAAGUUUCGUUUGCAGACAUUGUUUGCAUGUUUUUGGAAAGAUAAUGACAGUAGUGUAAGUAAACUUUUCAAAAACUUGAAAAUCGUUGACAUACGUAAAAUAAAUAAGCAUCAAAUCUAGUAUAUAACUGCAAAUAGGUUUCCUUUCAUUUUACUUACAGCAAGCACAAUGAUCUCACAAUCUUUGUUUUAAAUUUUAACAGGAUCAAAUUCAACUUAUCAGCAAUUUACGACAAAGAAGAAUUUACAAGAUCUUACCAAUUCCAAGCCGCCUGACAACUUCCCUUCCACUGGAAUGCCUCGUUCCGGGGCGCUGGUAAAGCGCAGGAAAGCAGGAUUCGCCAGCUGUGGUUCAACUGUCCAACAAGACCACGUGCACUGCGCAACUUCAAGAAAGCCGAACGCCUCGGAACGAGGAAAUACGAUACAAAUAUUCCAAAAACAAAGUUCACAAGAAGUCUACUAG